UCUUCUCCUCCUCUGAGGGCAGCGGAGCAACUUGAGCGGCUUCUCCGGAGGAGCGCGGCCGGCCGGCCGGGACUCUCAGGCUGCCGUGGUGUGUUUGAGGGAGGCGGGGAGACGCGGAGCAGACCGCUGCUCACCUCAACUUUCUCUCUUCCUGGCUGCUUCGCUCAUUCAGCAGAAUGCUCCAGUUCUCCACCAUCAAAAAAACCACUAAGACCAGUCCUGAGCCGCGGCGGAGCUGGUAGCGGAGCAGCGGGCAUAAUGCGGACUUUGUGCCCGGUGUGAGCGCAGCGCUCUGCGGAGAGACGAGCUGACGGACUGGAUGAGCAGCUCAGAGACUUACUGCUCUCCUGAAGGUUUCUGGAUCCAAAUGUCAAGUGAGAGAGAAGCUUUAUCGUUGUGGAACCAGCAGUGUGUGACGUGAAAGGAAGGGAAGCGAGGAAGAGGACCUCCAAUGAAAACCCUCCACUGUGUUGUACAUCCCUCUGUCAGCAUCAAGUGCCGUGAAGAGAGCUCUAAAAAGAGACGAGAGGAGAAAAAUGUGAUGAACUUUAUUAAUUUCCCCCGGCUCAAUUAUAGACAGUGGUUGGUGAUGGAAUCAUAUUGCUUGAUGAGACCAUUGCUCUUACGUUGGGAAGCUUUGGACAACUAAUUGCCGAGGGAUUACUCAAGACCUUUUUUCAGCACCAGACUGGACAUGGUGGUAUUAUUAGGCAAAAAGCCAAAAUCCAAUGACUGUUGGAUUUUUCUAAUCCUAAUGUCUUUAUAAUUUUUUCUCUGAUUUUGUGUCUACAUCUUUUCUAAUCCAGUUGAAAUGGAGAUACAGUGGCGUUUAUGGAGUAAAGACUGGGUCUCCUUUCUAAGGCCAUGGAUACCUAUACUGUUAGGCCUUCACCUCCAGUUCUCUCGGGCCUCCAACUGUCCCGAAGAGUGUCGCUGUGAUCGCACCUUUGUUUACUGCAACGAGCGGAGCCUGACCUCAGUGCCUCUGGGAAUCGGUGAGGGUUAUAAGACCCUUUACCUCCACAACAACCAAAUAAAUAAUGCUGGUUUUCCAUUGGAGCUCCAUCACGUGGCGUCUGUGCAGACUGUGUUUCUCUACGGCAACCAGCUGGAUGAGUUCCCCAUUAACCUGCCCAAAAAUGUAAGGGUUCUCCAUCUACAGGAGAACAACAUUCAGACGAUCUCCAGAGCAGCUUUGGCUCAGCUUCUCUGGCUGGAGGAGCUGCAUUUGGAUGAUAACUCCAUUUCUACUGUAGGGGUGGAGGAAGGGGCCUUCCGUGAGGCGGUAAGCCUGAAGAUGCUUUUUCUCACCAAAAACCACCUGAGUAGUGUGCCUAUUGGUCUUCCAGAUGAUUUAAAAGAGUUGCGAUUGGACGAGAACCGGAUUGCGGUUAUCGCAGAAGAAGCAUUUAGGAAUGUCACCCACCUGCAGCGGCUCCUGUUGGAUGGUAACCUGUUGACAGAUGAAGGGAUUGCACCAGGGACUUUUCAGGACCUGGUCACCCUCAGGGAGUUGUCCCUUGCUCGCAAUUCACUCACAUACCCUCCCCCGUUCCUCCCAGGGGACGUUCUUGUCAAAUUGAACUUUCAGGAAAAUCAAAUAAAUGGGAUCCCUGCCAGGGCAUUCACAGGGUUGCACAAGCUGGAGAGGUUGGAUAUUUCUAACAACCAGCUGCAGUCAUUGACAAAGGGGGUCUUUGACGGCCUUGUCAGUCUCAGGCAACUCACUGUUCGAAACAAUCUUUGGCUGUGUGACUGCAGCAUCAAAUGGGUGGUGUCCUGGCUUAAAUCUCUGCCAGCCUCACUCAAUGUGCGAGGCUUCAUGUGCCAUAAACCUGAAAAGUUCCGGGGUAUGGUGAUCAGAGAGCUGAGUGCUGAGCUGGUCCAGUGCCCACAGAGCACAGUGACGGCACCCCUGUCCACUAAACCAGCAGACUCUGCUCCAAUCCCAUCCCUGUCAUCUUCCCCAGAAUCCCCCCUGGUCACUCGCUUUGUUUCCUCUUCCUCCAGACAACCCUUCCCCACGUUACCGACCCUUUACCCUGUCUUUUCAACCAGAGAGGAGGGGUUGAGGACUAAGCAACCUCUUGACCCCAGGAGGGACACUUUGCAGGUCACGUUUGCCAUAUUGAAUGGCUCGGCUAUCCAUGUCAGCUGGGUGGCUGCUUUUCCAGUCACUGCCUACAAGGUGACCUGGGCCAGGAUGGGCCCCAGUCUGACAGGGGACACCGUCAGGGAGAGGAUAGUGGGUGGGGAUCAUCGGGGGAUCAGACUGGCUAAUCUUGAGCCAAAGUCCACCUACAGGAUCUGUGUCAUUCCCUUGGAUGCAUUCAAUAAUUACCGCCCCAAAGAUGACACUGUGUGCACCGAGGCAAUGACCACAGCUGCCUCUUUCAGCCCUGACAACAACAAAAAACCAUCCGGCCCUGAGCAGGCCACACAGCAGGAACCCAGGUCACCUUUCUUGCUAGCUGGGCUGAUUGGCGGGGCGGUGAUUGUGGUGCUGGUGGCACUCCUCAGCAUCUUCUGCGGGCACAUGCACAAGAAGAGCCGAUCCAAGUCUUCCACCCAGUGGAAAUACAACCGGGGUCGGAGAAAAGAUGACUAUUGCGAGGCAGGCACCAAGAAAGAUAAUUCCAUCCUGGAAAUGACUGAAACUAGCUUCCAGAUAGUCUCACUUAACAAUGAACAGCUCCUCAAGGGAGACUUCCGCAUUCAGCCUAUUUACACCCCUAAUGGGGGCAUUGGCUUCCGAGACUGCCCCCUGGAGAACAACAGCACAGUUUACUGCAAGAACAAUGUUCAGGAUGCAGACUUUUGUGGCACAUAAUGGUUUCGGAGAGCAUCAGGAGCAUUUUUACAGACAACUAUCCAUGCUUUACUGGACACUGUACAGUGUUAAUAUUAUUUGAAACCCCUGUGUCUUCAAGAAAUGUAAUUUAUACAACUAAAUGGACGUUAUUAUUUUUUUUAUAUAUAAAACAUUGGAUAUAUAAGUUAUUGGUUUCUGGGGUUCUGCUGUUUGAGUUCUGUGCACACAGACCAGCACGAUCGUUUUUGGUUUUUAAGUCAUUGUAUGCUGUAACCACAACACAUAUUGAAAUCCACACUGUAGCUGAACUACAUCAUACCAGUACUGAAACCAGCUGUGAGAGAGAAGGAGGAAAAAAGAGGCACAAAUCAGACACACUCACCACCAGAGGGCAUCGUUUUUUGAAAACCAUGCAAUCCAACACACUUUCCCCGUGACUGUUUUAAUCAAAUCAUCACAAUAAUUUGGCACAUUUUUUUAAUUGCCACAACAGUCUAAAGAGGUGCAAAUGGUUGUAUUCAUGCAAUGGAAAGAGGGCAUAUAUUUAUGCAAAUGGGUUUUUCUCUGCUUCAAAAGAAAAUGUAAAGGUCACACAUUAAAUAUUCACAGAAAGUGGCAGGCGGCAGUGCUUUCACCUGCUUUUCUAGAUUGAUAUCACAGUUAAGGGGUCAUAUUAUUAGUGCUAGCUGUGUUUGAUGGUGGGUGUCACAGAGUGAGCAGCAAAAAAGCACAUCUGCCAUCUAUUGUAUGUUUAACUCAUUAAGAAACAAGAAGAAACUCUUUUCCUUUUGUUCAGCAAAAAUCAUUUUACGGUAAAACAGUUUAUAUGUGCCUUGAAGUUAACAGCUUACAGUGUCUUUUGAAUCCGUGUUUUGCACAAAAGGUGUACUGUAUAUACAUUCAACUGAACUGUUGUUGAGAAAAUCUUGUUCUUGAUUAUUUAUUUACCUCAUUACAAAUUUGAUUAAAAACAUAUCUCUAAUUAUCCAUGUUGUGUCCCACAAUGACAAUCACUGACUCAGUUACAGCAGCAGUUAAAAGUGUACUGAUGUCGCAGAGUUCAGCAAGAGUAGCAGAGUUUUGUUUGUGACUUUUUAGCUUGCACUUAUCAUCCUCCAAGGACCAUUCCCUCCCCAAAGAGAGUGCACUUACUUAACACAAAACUACAUGGAAGCAGCCUCAGCAGUGAACUGUGUGCAGCUGGUGGACUUCACAUGACAAGUCAAAGCAGUGGCUAGCAGCUGUUGUGGAUUAUAGGGUUAUUUUGUAUGUAGAUUAAGAAUUCAAGUAGUAUUUAAUGACCAAGCUGUCAGCACUCUCUACAGCGUCAAAUAGACCUUUGCUACUACAACUUAAUGAGCUAACCUGGAGCUUCCCGUAAUGUGAACCUAGAAGAAACAUGUGAGGUCUAGGUUCUGCCUUGUUAUACACUAUGUUUUAGAAACCAGAAUAUUUUGGAUAUAU